GCCAGGAUUCACAGAGACAAGAGUCCAGAGAGCCUGGGUGCACAGAGACACAGGAGCAAGUCUCUCAGGGGUACGGCCGCUUGCAGAGUAGGCUGGGUCUGAGCAGAACUCCCUAACCCACGGUGGCUCCCAGACUAAACUGUGGGGCCCCAGAAGGAUCACCCAGUGCCGAAGAUUCCUGCUGUGGGUGCAUCAGCUACAGUCUCAAGAACCCCUGGUGAGGCUCACUUCCUGCCUGCUAAGAUCCUCUCGUCUCACGGGCUGGAACGCACAUCACCCCAGCCAUCAUGGGACCUAGGAUAGGGCCAGCGGGCGAGGAGCCCCCAACACCAGACAAGACCACAGUGUGUGCAGAAGACAUGGCUGGAGGGGACGCCAGCCCAACCCCUCGGGACUCACGCCCCAGUGUGUUUCACAACAUCAAGUUCUUCGUCCUGUGCCACAGCCUGCUGCAGCUGGCACAGCUCAUGGUGUCCAGCUACCUCAAGAGCUCCAUCUCGACCGUGGAGAAGCGCUUCGGCCUCUCCAGCCAGACCUCAGGGCUGCUGGCUGCCUUCAACGAGGUGGGAAAUACAACCUUGAUUGUCUUCGUGAGCUAUUUCGGCAGUCGGGUACACCGGCCCCGGCUAAUCGGCUGUGGGGCUGUCCUGGUGACUCUGGCCGGCCUGCUCAUGACUCUGCCACACUUUCUCUCAGAGCCAUACCGCUAUGAACACAGCAACCCCGAGAAUACUUCUCAGGAUUUCAAGCCUUCCCUGUGCCUGCCCACGAUGCCUGCCCCAGCUCUAGCCUCCUCCAAUGGUACCUGCUCCAGCUACACUGAGACCCGGCAUCUGACCAUGGUGGGGAUCAUGCUCACGGCACAGACCCUGCUGGGUGUGGGCGGGGUGCCCAUCCAGCCCUUCGGCAUCUCCUACAUCGACGACUUUGCCCACCACAGCAACUCACCCCUCUACCUCGGGAUCCUGUUUGCGGUGACCAUGAUGGGACCAAGCAUGUCCUUCGGGCUGGGCAGCCUCAUGCUGCGUCUUUACGUGGACAUUGACCGGAUGCCAGAAGGUGGCAUCAAUCUGACCCAGAAGGACCCCCGCUGGGUGGGUGCCUGGUGGCUGGGCUUCCUCAUCUCAGCAGGCGCUGUGGCCCUGGCUGCCAUCCCCUACUUCUUCUUCCCCAGGGAGAUGCCGAAGGAGAAGGAUGAGCUUCACUUCCGGAGAAAGGCUUCAGCAGCUACAGCAUCAUCUGCCAGCCAGGAUGAGGACUCCCCUGCUGAACAGGGCCCAGGGGAGACCCAGAAGAAGCAAGAUGGCUUAGCCCAGAUCGCACCAGACCUGACCAUUCUCCAGUUCAUCAGAGUCUUCCCCAGGGUGCUGCUGCGGACACUGCGCCACCCCAUCUUCCUGCUGGUGGUCCUGUCACAAGUGUGCAUGUCCUGCAUGGCUGCGGGCAUGGCCACCUUCCUGCCUAAAUUCCUGGAACGCCAGUUUUCCAUCACAGCCUCCUACGCCAACCUGCUCAUCGGCUCCCUCGCCAUGCCUUUGGUCAUCGUGGGCAUCGUGGUAGGGGGCGUCCUGGUCAAGCGUCUGCACAUGGGCCCCCUGCGCUGUGGCCUGCUUUGCCUGCUGUCGGCAGUGCUGGGUAUGCUGCUUAGCCUGCCCCUCUUCUUCACUGGCUGCUCCAACCACCAUAUUGCAGGCAUCAUCCAUCAGUCUGCCACACAGCCGGAGCCAGCACUGUUUCCAGGUUGCAUGGAGCUCUGCUCCUGCCCGGCAGAUGACUUUAACCCUGUGUGUGAUGCUAGUACCCAUGUGGAGUACCUCACGCCCUGCCAUGCAGGCUGCACCAGCCAUGUGGUCAAAGAAGCCAGGGAAAGAAGCCAGGUUCUCUAUACCAACUGCAGCUGCGUGCCGGGGGACCACCCUGUGCUGGGGGGCUCCUGUGAGUCGCCCUGCAGCUCCCUGGUGCUGCCCUUCAUGUUCCUGGUCAGCUUGAGCGCAGCCGUGUUCAGCAUCACCCACACACCCUCCUUCAUGCUCAUCCUAAGGGGAGUGAAGAAAGAAGACAAGACUUUGGCUGUGGGGAUCCAGUUCAUGCUACUGAGAGUUCUGGCUUGGAUGCCCAGCCCCGUGAUCCAUGGCAGCGCCAUCGACACCACAUGUGUGCACUGGGCCGUGAGCUGUGGACGCCGGGCUGUAUGUCGCUACUACAACCAUGACCUGCUCCGAACCCGGUUUGUGGGCCUCCAGUUCUUCUUCAAAGCAGGCUCCUUGAUCUGCUUUGCUUUAGUUGUGGCCAUCCUGAGGCAGCAGGACAAAGAGGCAGGCGCCGCGGCCCCUGGAGUGGCUCCUGCGUCCAGCCCUGCUCUGCAGAAGAAGCUGUUGGUGUCGGAGCUGGACAGGAAGCGUGAGGACUCCAGAGUGUGAACUGUCCCCAGGCUGGUCCACUGGGCCCUUCAUCCAAGGGUGGGUGUCUGGAGCUCUGUGCUGUCAUUGGCUCCACCCCUCUAAGGCUGCGUGAGGUCAGGCAAGCCAGCGCCCCUAUCGGAACCUUUGUCUGAUCAUCCACACUAAGGAGUUAGUUGUUGGCAGUCGUUCUAAGGGCCCCCCCUCCCCGCCACCUAUCCUCAGUCAAACGGCUGACUUAGUGCCAGGGGUAGGCAGUGCUGCCCACCAUCCUGGGCCCCAGCCCAGCUCUGUCACUCACUUGGAGCCUCCUCUCUCAGCAUCAACCACCUCAUCUUGGAUCUGCCAGCAAACUAGUCAGCUCUCAAAGCUCUUUCAGCGCUGACCAUGACCAGGAUCUGGUCUCCUCCCCAGCCCCAGGCAGCCUACAAGAAGUGUCCGCUUGGCGCCCCCUGGAGGCAGAGCCCUGAGUUGGCCUCUAGAAGAUCCACAAGGAAGAGGAAGCUGGCCUGACCUUUAGGAUGCUUAGGCUUGUCAAGGGCCUUCAGGAGGCCUGGGGAGACUAGGGGACCCCUUGGAGGAGCCUUAGCGGAUCAUAGGAGAAGGCCACUCGCUGAGUCUGG